AUGACUACAAAUAUUUUGAAUUUUAAUGAGUCGUCAGAUUCGCAGUCAUUAUUUCCAACACGAACAACUUGGGAUGUUGACGGUGACUUGACAGAAACACUUUGGUGGUCGGCUGACAAUAAAUUAAAUAAUAAAGGCGAGGCCAAUUUGGUGUUAUUUAUGAUACCCGGCAAUCCCGGAGCAAUUGAUUAUUAUAUUCCUUUUUUGUCGACGAUAUAUGAGGAGCACGAAAAGAAAAUCGAAAUUGUUGGAGUUUCGCAUCUGGGCCAUUCGCAUGGACCACAUCAUGAUUCAUUGAUUAAGUUAUGGUCCCUUCAAGAUCAAAUUAAUCACAAAAUCAAAUUCUUUGACAUUUUAUGCGAAAAAUUUGCAAUUGAUGAGGGUGACAAAAAGAUUUAUCCACGGUUUAUUUUGUGUGGUCAUUCGAUGGGCGCAUACAUAUGCUCUCAGGUACUGAAAGCGCGUCCGGAUCAUAUAGAACAGGCAUAUUUACUUUUUCCUACUUUACAGCAUAUCGCGAAAACUCCCAAUGGCACUCAAAUGAUGUGGAUGUUCUAUGACAUUUCAAGAAACAUUCUCAGCAUGUUCAUUCACUCAAUUCGCACUGUCCUGGGUCCAAACAUGUUCAAAUCACUAAUACGCCUCAUUACCGGUCAAUCGGAGCCACAUCUCUCUACCACAGCCGAUCGUUUACUCCAUUGGCAUGUAGUGCAAAAUACAAUAUAUAUGUCAGACACGGAAAUGAAAACGAUUCAUGAGCUUGACGAUAAAUUCUUUCACGAGCAUCUUAAUAAAUGCAUCCUUUAUUUCGGGAAGACAGAUAACUGGGCGCCGUUAGAACACUAUCAUGAUAUGAUUCGACGGUUUCCGAGUGGUAAAAUUUUGUUGUGUGAAGUUGGAAUGGAACAUGCUUUUGUUUUAAAGCAUAGUGAAGUAAUGGGCAAGAAAGUAGCCCAAUGGAUCAAAGAUCCUUGCACUAGUUAA